AUGGAUGGGCUGCUUUUAGACACAGAGGGCAUGUACACGGUGGUGCAGCAGCGGCUGGCGCAGAAGUUUGGAAAGGAGUUCACCUGGGCCCUAAAGGCACGCAUGAUGGGCCUCAAGGCCAUAGAGGCGGCUCGGGUGCUGGUGGAUGAGCUCGAGCUGCAGGGCCAGCUGACUCCCGAGCAGUUCCUGGCAGACAGGGAGGAGGCGCUGGAUGAGAUGUUCCCCACCGCGCAGCUGCUGCCAGGCGCGGAGCGCCUGCUGCGCCACCUGGCGGCCUGCGGGGUGCCCAUGUGCCUGGCCACCUCCUCCCACCUUCGCCACUUCACCCUGAAGACCACGCUGCAUGGGGAGCUGUUUGAGCUGUUCAAUCACAGAGUGACAGGUGGGCGCGACCAGAUCAGCAGCGGGAAGCCCGCGCCAGACAUCUUCCUGCACGCCGCCGGCCUGUGGCAGCCGGCGCCCGACCCCAGCUGCUGCCUGGUGCUGGAGGACGCUCCCAGCGGGGUGGCGGCGGCCAAGGCAGCCGGCAUGCGGUGCGUGAUGGUGCCGGAUCCAAACCUGGACCGCGCGCUGUGCGGCGGCGCGGACCUUGUUCUGGAUAGCCUGGAGCAGUUUCAGCCACAGGCAUGGGGCCUGCCGCCGUUCCCCGCCGAACGAUACUCAACACCGAGCAUUGCAAUUGAGUAA